AUGGGUCCGACAGAUCGUCUCAAGCAACUGGCAUCGCAGUUCAUUUCAGCGAGUCCUGUACCCGGUCCACCACCAAUCCAUCCUGGUGACAGUCAUGAGUACCACCAUCGCCACAAUUUCCACACCCUGAGUCCAACAUCCUUUCUUUGGAGAGCUGCGCAGAUUGAACCCCACGCAACAGCCAUCUACCACAAGACAGCCAAUGGCAAGAUUCUAAGGAGAUCAUACGAAGAGACUGCGGACCGCGCACGAGGUCUGGCGUACUAUUUGCGAAAGCAUGGCUACAAAAGAGUUGGGAUCCUAGCGACUAACACUCCUGCAUUUUUGGAAGCCAUAUUCGGUAUCGCAGCUGCUGGAUCCAUCAACGUUGCGAUCAACUACCGUCUGAAGCCUGAUGAUAUCAGCUAUAUCUUUCAACACGCGGAUGUAGAUCUAAUCAUCGCCGACUUCGAAUUCGUCAAGAUGUUGGAUGAUUACAAGAAGGAAAGACCAAAUAUACCGAUCCUGGUGGAUACAGAUACGGACGCGACAGAAGGCGAGUUGUCGGGACCAUUUGACGACGCAGUUUUGGAAGGACUGAAGUACGAUAUUGAGACCGGAAACAAGGGCUGGCCAGAUCUCGCAGCACAAGCGUCAGAUGAGGAAGAGGUUUUCGCUCUAGCUUAUACAUCAGGCACCACGGCACGACCAAAGGGAGUCGAGUACACACACCGAGGUGUCUAUCUUGCAGCAAUGGGCAACGUGAUCGAGUCCGGACUGAACUACCACAGGGGACGCGCAAAAUAUCUUUGGACUCUCCCAAUGUUCCACGCAACAGGCUGGACCUUCCCCUGGAGCGUGACCGCAGUACGAGGGACACAUUACUGUCUGCGCAAGAUAGACUACCCUGAAAUCUGGCGCUUACUCAAGGACGAGGGCGUCACACACUUCAAUGCCGCGCCCACUGUGAACACCCUGCUCUGUGCGGCCAAAGAGGCUGAAAAGCUACCUCAAGAAGUCAGAGUCACCGUUGCUGCAAGUCCGCCAUCAGCAUGGCUCUUCGAACAGAUGACAAAUCUGAACCUGCACCCAGUCCACGUCUACGGUCUGACGGAAACCUAUGGUCCAAUCACCAAGGGCUACCACAUGCCAGAGUGGGAGAAUAUUCCCGAGAAAGAGAAGUAUGCAAAGAUGGCACGACAAGGUCACGGUUUCGUGACGGGUCUGCCCGCUCGAGUCAUCAAGACGGAACAAGACGAAGGCGUGCUCAUCAAUGUUGAAAAGAACGGUCAAGAGAUUGGUGAGAUCGUGUUCGAAGGCAAUAUCUGUGCGAAAGGCUACUACAAAGAUGCUGAAGCAACAAGGAAACUGUGGGCCGGCGGCGUGUCCCAUACCGGUGACUUAGCAGUCUGGUACCCAGACGGUGCAAUUCAGAUCCUUGAUCGUGCAAAAGACAUCAUCAUUUCGGGUGGCGAAAACAUAUCCUCCGUAGCUCUUGAAGGCAUGCUCGCGACACACCCCUCCGUUCUCGAAGUCGGCGUCUGCGCCGUUGCAGAUUCGCACUGGGGCGAGCGGCCCAAAGCCUUCGUCACAACAAAAGAUGGCACAAAUAGCGACACUCUGGGCGAAGAGAUGAUUCAGUGGGCAAAGGAGCAGAGUAAUAUCAGUAGGUUCAUGGUGCCGAGGGAGGUUGUGGUUGUGAGUGAGCUGCCGAAGACGAGUACAGGGAAGAUCAAGAAGAAUAUACUCAGGGAGUGGGCGAAGGGAAACAUGGAUGCCAAAUAG